AUGUCCUUCUUCGGGAUGAACCGGAACACCCGGCUCCUUGCCCUUGGGUCGGGCUGUCUUGUGGCCAUUGGCUUCAAUCGCUUCUGGAUGGCGGACGACUCGAUCUCGACCGAGACGGUGGCCGCCAUGGCGGCUCGCGCAGCCACUGCGGCCACCACCGUCUCCGACGCCGGGCGUGUCCCCGGGGCCCUGGUUGGACCGGCCCCGGAGAAGAUCAAUGUCCCCGAGGCCCGCAUCGCCAGCCUCACCCUGCCGGCGGGGUUUACUCCCCCCUCUGAAGAGGAGCGCCUGGCCACCUUCAACCAACUGUCUCCCCGGUAUGAUGCUCUGGUGCAGGGCAGCGAAAAGGUGUCCAUGCUGCGGGCGGACCGCGAGUAUAUCGCCAGCCGGGCGCAUGGGCACGUCCUGGAAGUGGCCUGCGGCACCGGGCGCAAUGGCGAGUACAUCAAGCCCGGGCAGAUCCGCAGUUUCACCGCCGUGGAUUUCAGUGCCGGCAUGGUGGCCGCGGCUCAGGCCAAGGCCCGGGCGCCGGAAAACCGCGACCGCCUCUGCCCGGAAGUGGCCCACGGCCGGUACCUGGUUGCCAGCGCCCAUGCGCUGCCCUUCGCCGAUGGGGUUUUCCAAUCGGUCAUGGCCACCUUCGCCCUUUGCAGCAUCGAGCACCCGCAUGCGGCUCUGUUGGAAAUGCGCCGCGUCCUGGAGCCCGAGGGGGGUGUUCUGCUGCUGAUGGAUCACGGCGCGUCCACCUUCCGUCCGAUGCAGUGGAUUCUGGACUACAUGCUGCCGGGGCAGCUGAAGCGCCACGGGUGCUAUCACAAUCGCAAUGUUUCGACCAUGGUCACGGCCGCCGGGUUCCGCAUUACCGAGAUCCAGCGCCGGCAUUUCGGCACAUCCGUGCGCAUCAUCGCCACGCCGGAUCCGGACUUUGUGCCGCCCCCCCCGGCGGUGGCUACGUCGGCCGAGGCCGAGGCCGAGGCCGCGGCCUCGCCGGCCACUGAGGCGGCUGCCGCUGCCGGUUCCGACCUUGUGACGGCGCCCGCCUCCUAG